GGUGUGUAGGAGGAACUACAUGCGUGUGUGUGUGUGUGUGUGUGUGUGCAUGUAUGUGUGAGACCGAGUAACGGAAAGAGUAGGUAGGACCUGGGCUGAAAAGUGAAAACAAAAGCACAGAGCCCUACUGAGCUCAUACCUGAUCAGCCUCGAAGGAGGAAAUCUGCCCAAAAUGGGUGGAAAGAAAUCAAAACCAGAACCAGAACCAGAAGACUUCGAGCAACCUUGGAGAAACAUCGACUGGAACCCGAGCAAUCUGAAAUCUGAGUUAAGUGAACUCCUUCUUAAAUUUAUGGAAAACCACCAAGACAUCAAGCAGUUCAGAAUACUGCUUCAUGGACCAGUUGGAGCUGGGAAGUCCUGCUUUAUUAACUCAGUGAGGAGUGUAUACAAGGAAAGAAUUGUAUUCGGGGCAGCUGAGGAGACGUCUGCUGGAAUGAGCUGCACAAAUAAAUACAAAACUUACAAAAUCACUGACAAAGAUUCUGUCACCUUACCGUUUGUCAUCACUGAUAUUAUGAGUCUGGAAGAUCAUGAGGAAGAUGGAAUUCAUCCUGAUGAUGUCAUUAAUGUGCUGCAUGGCCGUGUCAAAGAAGGCUAUACAUUUAAUCCUGUUUCUCCACUGACUGAUGAUGAUCCAGACUACAUACAUGAACCCAGUCUGAAUGACAAAGUUCACUGUUUGGUGAGCGUAGUGCCUGCAAACAGCAUCUCCUUAAUGGAGAAUGAGAUUAUUCAGAAGAUGAAAGCUGUCAGAAAAUCUGCCCUCGGAUUGGGCAUCCCUCAUGUGGUUCUGAUGACAAAAAUCGAUGCUGAUGUCUGCCCACUGGUUACAAAGGAUCUAGCUGAGGUUUACAAAAGCAGGAAAAUCGAAGAAAAGAUGCAGGAAUGCAGCCACACAAUUGGUCCACCACUGAAAUGCAUCUUCCCAGUGAGCAACUAUUAUAAGGAGACUGAAAUAGAUGACAAAAAAGAUUUGCUUAUUCUGUUGGCAUUAAAGGCAAUUGCAGGAGUUGUUAAGGAUUAUAUUGAACACGUAAACAUCUGAGUAUUUGCUAUAUUCACUUGGAAAAAAGAAUUGGGAUGUAGGUCUUUAUUAUCAUCAAAUCUCAGUCAUAAAAUUGUAAUUUGUGCCUGUGAUUACUGGUGUAGACUAAUUAAGAGCAUAUUUAAUUAGCUAUUAUUAAAUUUAAGCCUCUCAUCUGCUUAUGCUACAGCUCACCGUUAUUUUUAAUGUUAUUCAUACUUUCAGUUUUUGAGAAAUUAUAUCGUCUAUUACAUCCUGCUUGAUAACCACAUUUUGUGGACAUUUAAAAAACAACAAUAAUAAUAAUGACUUUAUCAGUGAUGUCAUAUUUGACUUUAAUUAACUAUUUUUUAUUGUAUUGUACUUUAUUUCAUCUACUUUUUUCACCAUAAUAUUUUGUUUAAUUUCUGAGAACUAUAAUUAUUGCAUGUAUAAACUUUUUUGUAAUGGGGUUUAAAGCUGUGGGUUUUUUUCUUAUUCAUUAUUAUAGCAUCACCAAACUAAACAAUUGUGCCAUAAAUGUGUCAUUAGUGUAAAUAAACAAAAUAGUAGAAAUGUUAUGAAUAAUAAUUACAGUGAAGACCUGCAACUCCUGUUUGGUACCUGAUGUCUCCAUCUCCUUCAGCUGUUCAUUUCUUCUUGUCCUGAUGUCUAUUGAAAAAGGCCCUGGUUCUCAGAGUAGUAAGGUCUUUUACACAGACAAAGGAAUCACAUCAAUUAAGUCAAUCUGACUGUUUAAACCUGGUGCAUAUUAAUAUCAUUAACAUAUUAGAUCUACUAUUGAUUUUCUUUUGCAACUGCAAGAAAAUAGAUUUAACAAAAGGACUGAACUUAAAUAGAAUUGAACAUCUGAUAGAGUGAAAUGCAGCUUCUAAUUGAUUACUUUAAAAGUACUACUGUUGUGAACACAUUAGAGGACCUAAAUGACUUUGGAUGCAGAUAUUUUUCCACGGAUAUGAGGGAUAUGUAAAAGAUGAAGUUUUUGUGGUGUUUUUGCCAUAGCACAAACCUUGCACCCACUCACAAACCUUCUGAUGUCCUGAGCCAUGUUGGGCCACCAGAAGAGAUGUUUAAGCAGCGAGAGGGUUCACUGUAUGCCAGGGUGACCAGUGCCUGGAGAUGUAUGUGCCUUAGUAAUCAAGGGUAUACAUUGAUGUAAUAGUAUUGUCUGGUGUUCAUCCGUUUCGCUUCAUGGAGGUACUGGCAAUUUUUAUGAUCCUUCAGCAUGGUGAAGGGAUGCUGAGCACCCUCGAGCCAAUGUCUCCACUCUUCCAAAGCCAAUUUAAUGGCAAGGAGUUCACAGUUACCAAUGUUGUAGUUCUUUUCAGCUGGGUUAAACUUGUAUGAGAAGGUGGAUGAAGACUGGGUGGGUUCCCCCUGCUGCUGGGAAAGGACGGCUCGACGAAGCAUCUACCUCCACAGUGACAGGUUUUUCAGGAUCUGGAUGAACUAGAACAGGUGCUUUCCAAAAGGGUCGUUUUAGAUGGAUAAACAUCUGAUCAGCUUCUGCAGUCCAUUUUAGCCAUUUGGGUUUACCUUGCAAUGCAGACGUUAGAGGAGAUACGAUCCACUGAAGUUUGGGAUCAAACGACGAUAGAAGUUGGAAAAUCCCAGAAGUUUCUGAAGGUCCUAUACUGUAGAUGGUGUUGGCCAGUUCUUAAUAGCGUCAACUUUCCCCUCGUCCAUGCUGACACCCCUUUCAGAGACAUUAUAUCCCAGAAACCGGAUCUUGGUUUUGGGAAACUCACACUUUUUAGCUGUCAGGAACAAGUUGUAUUGACACAGCUGUUUCAGAACUUGUUUCACAUGGUGUAUGUGUUCAGCAGGGUUACUGGAAUAAAUCAGAAUAUCAUCAAUGUAAAUCAACACUUACCGAUUCAGCAGAUCAUGGAAGAUGGCAUGCAUGAAAUCCUGGAAGACCGAUGGCGCGUUGACCGAUCCAUAUGGCAUCAUCAAAUAUUCCCAGUGGCCCGUAGGGGGUAACACAACUUGUUUUCCAUUCAUCACCUUUUCAGAAUCGUUUCAGGUUGUAAGCACUGUGUGAAUCAAGCUUCUUUAAGAUCUGUGCACCUCGGAGCUGUUCAAGUGCUGAUAGGACGAAGGGAAGAGUGUAGCGAAAUUUCUUGGUGAUUUGGUUCAGCCCUCUGUAAUCGAUGCUGGGCCGCAAACCAUCAUCCUUCUUCGAGACGAAAAAAAGGGAGAUUCAGCAGGGGAAGUUGAUGGUUGUAUAUACCCUUGGUCCAGUGCUUCUUGGAUGUAUUUUUCCAUAGCCUCUUGUUCCUGGAUGGGUAGUGAAUAGAUUAGGCACCGGUUCACCUGGAAGGAGGUCAAUCGCACAGUAGCACAUAGAUGCUUGGUAACUUCACAGCUCUCUUGGGACAAAAGACAUCCUUGAAUGUUGUGUAUUCUGGUGAAGGAAUCCCACUGUCAGCGUAAUUUCACUGGUGCGAUGAUGGACUGAGGACCGGUUGAGGGGCUUGCCUGUUACAGAUUGAAGUUUUAGUCUCUGGGGUAUGCGCUCUUUCGUGAUGUUAAGCUGGGCACUGACCCAGAAUCGAGUAAGGCAGACACUGUAACAGCUAAGUUUGUACAAAAUAGUUUAACUUUUGUGGAAAGCGGCGUGUAAAUGUGCUGAUGGGCGAAAGAGUGUGGAAGCAUUUGAAGUACAGGGUAACAUAUGAUUUUCCGUUCGAAUGGAUCAAUGAAUGAAAUACUCCAACCACAUGGUAUCGCCGGAGGCUGAUAACUACAAACAUAGUUCAGGUUUAAAGCCAUUACGAUAUGUUGUUAUAAGUGCUCGUUCAUCCCAACUGCUAGUGGCAGAACUGCAGUGAGUAGUCGGCCGCCGAAGAUUUCCCCUGCUUAAUAUGAUACGGUUUAUCACAUACAGAUGUAUCUCCAGCAGGAAUACCAAAUACCUCUUGGAAAUAGGCGAUGAAUUCCUUAAUGGAGUACAAUAAGGAUUCAUCUUGAUGCCAAAUCGAUUCGGUCCAACAGAGAGCCUUUCCAGUGAGUAGUGAUAUAAUGAACGAAAUCUUGCUGCGAUCAGUGGGGAAAUGAGAUGGUUGCAUUUCAAAUAUUAGCGAGCAUGGGAGGAGAAAUCCCUUACACUAUUCAUCAACGCCAGAGUAGGGUGAUGGAUUGGCCAGGGGAAAUGUGACUAUGGUAGCACUAUUCGUUGCUGUGACCUGUGUGUGCGCCGUUUGUAGCAACUCCUGUCUCAGUGUGUUAACAAGUCCUUGGAUGUGUCCGAGUCCUGGAAAGACAUAAAAUUUUGUCGGUCCGGUCUUCUGUUAGGGACAGAAACUGAAGACUAAAUUUAUACUGAAGGCAAAUUCUCAUGUUUUUCAUUCUCAUACAGCUUUCAGUCUUAUCAAAUUUCAGGAUAAACUGUGAAGUAAUUGUGCUGGAAUACGUGUCCCCUAGUGACAAAUGUUCCUGGCCUGCCUGGACAAAUCCUCGACAGUCCCACUAAGGAAUGUGUCCUGUUUUGCACGAGGAAAAACAAAGGAUCAUCUUCAAGUUCUUUUACCUCAUCUAUUGUUUACUUUUUUAGAUGAAGGAGUCAGACUUAGACCUUCUUGUCUUUUAAGGUUCCUCACAAUGGGAAGCCUUGUUUUUAUUUAAAGCAAUGUAAUACAAAUAAGU